AUGGCCUUCUGCUCCACUUCUGUGCCUACUAGGACCACCCUGUUCCGUUCCCCCUCACUCCGUUCCCUUCUCCCACCGUCGCGCUCUCUUUCUUCGCUUAAUUCGUCCCCUCUUAAACUCGGCGUCGUGCCCUACCUAAGCUCUGUGACUCUCCGUGGUUCCUCACGCAUCAGCGCCAUGGUCGAGAGCAGAACUUCGGACAUAGAUCCGAAAGGUGGUGUUCCCUUAUAUAAUCCCAAGUCUUACGAGGUUCUCGUCUCCGACGCGGCCAAGUCCCUCGUUUACGCUCUGGAUGAUGGCAAGACCCGCCUUGAGAUCGAUUUUCCGUGAGUUAUUAUAUCUCUGCCAUAUUAUGUUUUUCUUAUUUAUUCCGACGAACUUGUUAUUUUCGUCGUGUAAUUGGGACAUUCAAUUUUUUAUCUGCGGUUCAAACAUUUUUUUCUCUGAAAAAGUAUGAUAUGAGUGGAAUGUGAUUCCGUAAAACUAUGACCUUUUUUUUUCCAUUCCCUACGGCCCCAGUGGAGCAUAGAUAGGUUUACUGUAUUCUUUUGAUGUAUCCACUUCAUUUAUGUUUUAACUACCGGCUAACUUCUUCUUUUUUCCUUUAGAAUUUUUUUCCUACCUUUUAUAUUUACCUUACUCCCUUUAUGGGUUGACAAUUGGACUGGAUAUUUCCUUUUUUUUAUCUUUCAUUUUAUAUGUUAAAGUUAUUUGGCUUGUCAGUAACGGUUUGGACUCAUUUUUACACUAAUUCCAUUUUAUUGUUUCUACUGGUGUAAUUACUCAACAGACCCUUGCCAAGCUCCAUUUCCUCUUACAAGGUACUUCUCACUGUUGCCAGAUCUAACAUUGCUAAUCUGUAUAAAACCUCUUGGAAAUUUAAGAUGUUUUUUUGAAUUUAUCAUAUCUUCCUGAUGUGUACAACCUUUCCUUAAUAUUGUGUUUCUGGCAGGAUGAUAGAAAUUAUUUAACACAAGAUAGAGCCAUAUCAGUUGGGCCUUCUAUAGAUACUUUUAAACUAGUCAACAAUGAUAAUUAAAUAAGAGUAUGUAUUUUAGCCUGCAAAGACUUAGCCAUAAACAAUAUUUUAUACGGUCCUAAAUAUUAAGUUUUAUUGUGUUUGAGGCAUCUAAUUAAGGAUGAUCUUCCUACACAAGAAACGAAAUUUUAACCAUAUAUGCCACGCAAUGGUAAACCAAGGUGGUACCUGAGAGUGUACAACCAGUUUUGGUUUCUUAGGAUUUUAUUUCUCUUUAUUUUUAAUUCAUUCCUCAAAGUUAAGAGCAAGAAUACGCUUAUAACGUUUUCUAGAUUCAGAUCUGCGUUCAUACUACAAUAACUGAGAUAUCUCUCAAAGGAACAUUGCAAAUGAAAAUUGUGGGAAUAAUGUCACAGUUUUUUUUGUUCGCAUCAAAAUUACUGUGUAUCUCUAAUUCUCUAAGAAGCUUGGCACCUUACUGGAUGUGUACUGUCAAUCAAGGCUUUUCACCGAGGCAAAUUUUGCGGGCAGUAGGGGUGUCAGAGUUUAUGGAAAUACUUUUAAAUCGGUAAAAUGCUACCAUUUCUAAGAUUUUUACGUGGUGUUACUCCAAAAUGAAACAUUUUUAUGGGAGCUAGGACUGAGAUAGUUGAGUAAUUUUGUGAUUCUUUGGUUUUUUAACUUAACCUACACCAUCUUGGUGUAGAAUGCAACAGAUGUACAGUUUUACAUACUUUCUUUUUAGUAUUAAUCAUGAUGUGGUGCUAUCUACUUUCAUUUUUUUUAUGGUGGAACAUCAUAAUUCUAGGCCAUCUAUCUCUUUUACUAUUUGUAGAUCAUAGUCAAUAGUGCUUGGAUAAUUAGUUGCUCCUUGCAGUCCCAGACAGUCCAGACUGCCAUUACUUGUGUGUAUAGGGUCUAAGUUAUGGAGUGUAUGACUUCGAUCAUAAGGGUCGGUUUCUGGCUGCGUAGAUUCCCACAUUUUGACUUUUCCUUUACCCAUGGGGCUUCUACCUCUGUGCAGUUGUUCUCCAUAAGACUUUUGCCCAUUGCAGAGUUGCACACUUGUAAGUUCCCAUAAUUUAAUUGUAUGGGACUGUGAAGUUUUAUCUGUACAUUUCUCGUUUGCUUUAUAGGGGAUUGCUUUCUACGUUUUGACAAUAUCAAACUAGACAAAGGGAUUCAUUGAUUGAAAAGGAAUGCUGAGCUCUUUGACAACUUGGACUUCAGUUAAAACGAAACAAGAAAUGAAAAACAGAAUUUAAUUCAUAUUUUUAGGCGGACGUUCUCUUGGAAAAUAUUAUAAUAUUUUUCAAAGGGAAAUACAGGUUUUGGACGAUCCUCUAAAGGAAAGAAAUGCUUAACUGAGUAUAUUGAUUUUCUCAUGAACAAUUGAAAAUUUUCGGUCGAUAUCUGCUCUAAAAGAAAUUGAAAGAAUAAUAUAAUUGACUCUGAUUGCCAAUUUUACUGACUUCUCAUGCUGAAAGAAGUGAAAGAGUAAGGGCUAACAUGCUUCUUCAGCUGUAUUGUUUCUCAAUUUCAGAGAUAUAUGCAAUCUUACUGGAGGUAUUUAAAUAUUUGAAUUUUUUUAUAAAUGAAGGGAUCAUCAGAUGAAUUUAUUGAUGCCAACAUCCAACUCGCUCUCGCUGUUGUCAGAAAGGUCCAAGAGAUGCGAGGAACUAGGACUUGCAUCGUAAGUUUUUGAAAAUGGAUCUUUUUUCUGUGGUGAGGCAUUUAUAAUUACACUAUUAUGAAUUUCGUUUGACCAUAUUGGCUCUAAACAGCUUGUUACCCUUUUUAUGGGGAAUGGGAUUGGGGAAUAUGUACUCAGGUGUUUCCUGAUCGACCAGAAAAGCGAAGGGCUGCUCAGAUGUUCAGGACGGCUCUAGAUAUGGUAUGAUAUUUUUUUAAUGUAGUUCGUUGCUUUUGAGUCCUGUAUUGUGUUCAUUAUGUGUCGGACAGACAAUUUUACCCUCUUUGUGAAGGGAAGAUCCCAUUCCCUUAAAUCUUGCAUUUAUUUUGUUAGUAAUUUUAUCAUGUCGUUCAGAUCAAAGAUGUAAGCAUUGGUUCUCUGGACGAUGUACCUGGGGGCCCUGUUACCAGCUUCUUCAGAUCACUAAGGAAUACCUUGGACUUUGAUUUCCCCGACGAAAAUGAAGGUUCACUUUUAAAAUAACAAAUCUGUAGCUAUAAGUUCAUUUCUCCUUCUUCUUAAGUAGCCAAUGCAUGUUGUAAUUGUUACCAUUUGGGAUAUCUCUGGCAAAUUUAAUAUUUAACUGACACAAAAAUAACACAUGGUUAUUUCGAAUCCAAUGCCUUCACUUACAUUAGCUGUUGCUUUUUGGAGAUGGAUAUCAGUAAUCUGAAGCUGUAGGUUUCCGCACUAAAAGCGAUAAUUGUGGCUUUCACUGUAGGAAAUGUUGAGAUGGAUAAAGUUUUAGGUGGGUGAGCAUGGUACAAAGAAUACAAUGUGACAAGUGGACCCAUAACCACAAGGUGGCACAUACCGUACAUGCAAUGCCGCAAGAAGGGAUAUGCCAUUAAUAAUAAUCUUGAAAAAAGUGAUAGUUGAAUGUUUCCAUAGCAUAGUUCCUCAUUGGCAUAUAAUGGUUGGCAUAAUUCUAAGCACUUAGAUAUUCAUAUACUGUUCCCAACCAGUUGAAAUGAUUAUCUCAAGAAACCCUCUCUAUUACCUAGGAAACAGAAAAACUUAGUUUUCAAGAUGCCAACGAGAGAGUCAGAUAUUUCUCUAUUAGGUCACCUUUGUAGGGACAGGCAUGCUCACUGGUCACCUAUCAACCAAUUCUAUGCCAAUCUUGUUCUCGAAUUGUCUUUUGUCUGGUUCUAUCAAUUGUGUACCUAGAUUCACUUUGGAUGUGAGUUACAUUCUCAAGUGGGUUGUAAUGAUCAAAUAAGGAACCGGUUACAUUGGCCAUGAGUCAUUCAGACUCUCAUUGUUGACUCGUAUUGAUGUUAUGAAGGUAUGAUCAGAGAUAUUGAGUUGGUUGUCAAGUCCAUGAAGUGUGAGAUCUAUUAUCUAUCGUUAAUGUUUGUUUAAAAAUUAACUUUGCACCGUAGUGUUGUUGUGUUGAUUGAAUGCCUUAUCAUGAGAUGAAAAUUCUUUCGUUUACUCUUUUGUGUGCCAUUGUUCGCUGAUUAGUAACAUACGAAGCUGUUACAAAUUUGAUUGGAUUCUAAAUAAAGGUAUACUUUUAUCUAUCUCUCACAAAUGUCUGCACAAAAAAGUUCAUGCUUUUGUAUUUCUGCAUGCGUUGCAUUCAGAUACAUCUUUACUGAUUUAAUUGAUUAACAACGGUCUGUUUACUUGCACAGAUGCUGAUUCGUCUUCUGUAGAUGAGCCGCCAUCUUUAUAUAUAUUCAUCAAUUGUAGCACACGUGACCUUUCUGUUAUAGAGAAAUAUGUGGUACGCGCCUCAUUGUUUACAUUCUUCAUCCAACUAUGAUGGUUCUUUUUUCUUACCCUUUUCUAAAAAUGCUCAUAUUUUUAUGCUUUACUGGCUAAUUAAAAACCCGUUUUCACAUGAAGCAUUUGCUGUAUGUCCAAUAUAACUGAGGGCUGCUCAUAAGUUGUUUUGGUUCAUGGAGCCCAGAACUGAGCUAGUGUAACCUUGCCCGGUAUCAAUCUUCGAGUCAGAUAUAAGAAGGGAAAUCCACGUGUUUUCUGGAACAGAGCUAUCCGAAUAUGCUUUAACUUGGACCAGCGCUCCUGCAAAAGGAGUGAACAGAAGACCUGCAAAGGAAGCUCCACUUUUGAUGGCUAUAUAUGAACUUUGUUCUGGGUUAUUUGGCAUUGAGGUUUAUUGAAUGGAUCCACACUGGAACCACUAUUUGCCAGCCUGAUUCUUUUCAGAACAAUAGAAAAAAUCACAAGUGCGCCAGAUUCAACGUAAAUGAUCAUAACCUCUGAUGUACGUCUCCUAAAUUGUGCUCGCAGGAAAGCUUUGCUGCAUCAACCCCCGCACUUCUAUUUAAUUUGGAACUUGAAACCUUGCGGUAUGUAUGCAAGAUGAAACAGACAACCUAGUGCAUAUCCUCUGUUGUUGAACAUAUUUUCCUUUUGAUUUCCCAGUGCUGACCUGGGGCUCCUGGGGUUUCCGGGCAAGGACCUGCAUUACCGGUUUCUUUCUCAGUUUAUUCCCGUAUUCUACAUACGAACCAGAGAUUACUCAAAGGUAGCAUCUAAUUGUUUAUAUUCUUUCUUCCAUCACUACUGAUAAACUCUUUUCCUAUGCCAAAGACAAUUGCAGUUGCACCUUUUAUAGUAAACUAUAGUGGAGCGCUCUUCCGGCAGUAUCCAGGUAAGAAACUGCAAUGUCAAUUGCCUUUUGAUGAAUAAAUAUACAUGCUUGUCAUAUAUGCUUGAAGCAAUUUUUUUAUCCGUUUCUGACAAGCAGAAUCCUCCGAGGAUUGUCAUAUAUGCUUGUUUGUGAUAAGAUCAACUUCUGCGUUUCAGUUGGGUAUCUUGAACAAAGAUCAUACUACCAUUUGGUUUCUAAGGGACCAAAGAAAUCGUUGCCUUCUUCGUAGGACCAGUUGAUAACCGUUCUUUGAAAAUUAGCAAAGCAGAUGGAUUUACAAAAUAGAGAUUAUCUAUACCCAAUUAACGCACAUCUGACGAGGAUUUACCGUAUAAAUAUUUUGGGCUUACAGACAAGACUUUUGGAUUAGAUAAACAAACAAUUUGCGGGAGCUAAUGAAGUGGGAUUCGCAUUUUCUUCUGAAAAUUCAAAGAAACUCCGGUAGAAGUGCUAUUUAAACGUUCAUGCCCACAAAACAUAUGCUGAGUUCACUUGGAAAUGACACUCGUGCAGGGCCCUGGCAGGUGAUGCUUAAACAAGCAGAUGGCUCCUAUGCUUGCGUAGCUGCAAGCGGCACUCGUUUCACAUUGGGAGAGGUCUCACAUUUCUCUGUACAUUUAUCAUCUACUGCUUCAUUACGCCAGUAGUCUGCAGUUACCUCUGUCUAUUUCAUUUCCGUGACAGACCAAGGAAGAACUUCUGAGGGUUCUUGGUCUGCAAGAGGAACAAGGAAGCUCACUGGAGUUCCUGAGAAAAGGUUAUAAGGUUCGUAGUGUCUUCUUUUCUUCCAUUGAUCCUGAGAACUACAGAAUCCAAGAGCUCGUCUUCAUCACAGAUUCUUUGUCCAGAUCCUUGAUGGAUUUACCCAGUUAUUGGGAAAAUACUGAUUCUAAUUCAAUCCUUUCAUGGCUUUCCUUCCAGUAAAUAAUAUUGUCCUUAUCUAUCAUAUGACCUUGAGUUUUUGAAUGAGUUUAGAAUGCUACUUGGUGGGAAGAAGGUGUCGAGCUGGAAUCAUCUUCUGCAUGGCGGAGUUGA